GACAAGCAAACAAUGACCACCAGGAGUGGCUGUGUCUCAAAUGAAUUUGGGAACACACUAUAUCUGAGUACAAAGAUUGCUGCUUCAAUACCAAGACCUCAUAAACAUGAAUCAUUUGGAAAUAAUAUUGUGGGUAAUUUAAACUUAUUUAGUAGAAGCUUUGCAGAAAAGAAGCAUGAUAAUGGACAUACAAAAUUAUUCUUCCACCCCGAGUAUGAGAAAACAAAUCCUGGAGUGAUACCGUGUGGAUAUAAAGAGUGUGGGAAAGCCCUCAGGCAAAAGAAAGGUCUUAGUGUACAUCAGGGAAUUAAAAAUGGAGAGAAGCACUUUGAAUGUACUGUGUGUAGGAAAACAUUCAGCACGGAAUCACACCUCGUUGUACAUUGCAAAACGCAUACGGGAGAGAAACCCUUUGUAUGUACUGAAUGUGGAAAAGCCUUUAGCCAUAAAUCUUGGCUUAUUAGACACCUGCCAGUUCAUACGGGAGAGAAACCCUUUGGGUGUACUGAAUGUGGAAAAGCCUUUAGGCAAAAAUGUCAGCUCCUUACACACCUGAGAACUCAUACAGAAGAGAGACCCUUUAAGUGCUCCGAAUGUGGGAAAGCCUUCAGAGAAAAGGCAGCUGUCAUUGCACAUUACAGGACUCAUACAGGAGAGAAACCUUAUGAAUGUAAUGAAUGUGGAAAAGCCUUCGCUCGGAAGUCAACCCUCAUUAUCCAUCAGAAAACCCACCCAGGAAAGAAAACCUACAAAUGCUCUAAAUGUGGGGAGUCUUUCCUACUAAAGCUUGAUCUAAUUAUACAUCUUAGUACUCAUACAGAAAGGAAUCCCCAUGAAUGUAGUGAGUGUAAGAAAACUUUCAAGUAUUAUUCAACUCUCAUUAUACAUCAGCGAACUCAUACAGGAGAGAAACGUCAUAAAUGUACUGAAUGUGGGAAGUCUUUCAAUAACAAAUCAACCCUUACUGUGCAUCAGAGAACUCAUACAGGAGAGAAACCCUACAAGUGCAGUGAAUGUGGAAAAGCAUUUUCCUACAAACCAAAUGUCAUUGUGCAUCAAAGAAUUCAUACAGAAGAAAAACCCUAUGAAUGUAAUGAGUGUGGCAAAGCCUUCAGACACAAGUCAACACUCGUCACACAUCAGAGAAUUCAUACAGGAGAGAAACCCUAUGAAUGUUCUGUGUGUGGCAAGGCCUUCAGAGGAAACUCAACAUUCACUGUACACCAGAGAACUCAUACUUGAGGGAAACCUUGUAAGUGUACAGUAGAAUGUGGGAAAAACUUUAUUAAAAAAUCAAACCUCCCUGAACGUCAGAGAACCCGUACAGGAAAGAAAGCUCACGGGAGAGGCCAAAGCCAGAAGUAAAAGCUCUUUGCACGUUAGAUAGAAAAUCCGCGUCUAUUAUGUACACUGAAAGAAAGUUGUGUUGAUUUAAUUAAUGUUUUAAAAGUAUGUUCUGAUUUUUGGUUUAAAGAUGGGGAGUAAAGUCACCCUUUCUUAUAUGUGUCUCAGUCUUCACUCAAAAGCUAUAAGAGAAAAGGUAGCAGAAGUAUAGUCUCUGUAUCUGACAAAAUUAGGAGAUAGCUGAAACCCUCAGGAGAGGACUGCCCAAAGCGGAGGAAAUCAAGUACCAGUGCAGAAGAUUUCAGAGAGAGUGCUCAAGGCUGCGGAUGCGAGACAGCACUGGUAAGGAUACUGAGCUGAGGUUCAAGUUCCACUCCAAGGUGUAGAACCAUAAACAGAUAUAUCAGUGGUAACAGAGUACAUGGACAGGUAAGAAGUAGCAUGUUUCCUAGACCAUUUGGGGUCUGAGGAGAAACAGGCAGGGGCCUUGACAAGGAAUCACUCAGACAGGCCAUAUUUGCAGGAAGUAGUCUGUACUGAGGGAAGGAACAGUUGUGAUGCUGGGGAAAGACAAGGGACUUUUCCUUGUGAAGAGCCCUACAGCUGCCCCUAUUUACUGACUUGGAGAAGGAAAAUCUGAAGAACUAACAGAAGUGGGAAGUAUAGUUGUUAUAUCUUC